GUUGGAGCCAUGAGGCUGUGCAACCGGGGCGUGAUGAUGCUGAUGACCACGGCGGGGGCCUUCUGUGCCUUCAGCCUCAUGACCAUCGCUGUGGGAACCGACUACUGGCUGUACUCGCGCGGGAUGUGCCGCUCCAAGAACCUGGGCGACAACGAGACCAUCCGCAAGAACGAGGAGGUGCUCACCCACUCCGGCCUGUGGAGGACCUGCUGCACUGAAGGAACAUUCCGAGGCGUUUGCAAAGACAUCGAUCACUUUGCAGAAGACGCGGAUUACGAGCAGGACGCCGCCGAGUAUUUGCUACGGGCGGUGAGAGCAUCCAGCCUCUUCCCGAUCCUCAGCGUGGGCUUGCUGUUCCUCGGAGGCGUUUGCGUGGCGGCCAGCGAGUUCUACAAGUCGCGCAACAACGUCAUCCUGACGGCGGGGAUUCUCUUCGUCUCUGCAGGUCUGAGCAACAUCAUCGGCAUCAUCGUGUACAUAUCGGCCAACUCAGGAGACCCCAGCCAGAGCGACAACAAAAAAAGCUACUCGUACGGCUGGUCCUUCUACUUCGGGGCGCUGUCUUUCGUCCUGGCCGAGAUGGUGGGCGUGCUGGCGGUGCACGUUUUCAUCGAGAAGCACCGGCAGCUCCGCACCAACGGCCGGCCCUCCCUGGUCAAAGCGCCCGUCUCCCGCGGCUCGUCCGGCUACCGCAACCGUUACUACAACAACCACCCCCGCAGGAACAGCAGCAGGAGCAACCACAGUGGCGCCCCCGACUCGGCCCCCGACUCCUUCCGGGCGUCCCUGGUGCGGGAGGCGUCGCUCUCGUCCGGGGCCAAGGUGGCCGCCCUGCCGGGGUUGUCCCCUCCGGUGGCCUCGGAGUUCGUGCUUUACGCGCUGAAGGACGCGGACGUGAUGUUGGACGGUCUGACGGGGGCGCCUGAGGACGAUACUGACAUGCUGUCUGGCAACUGUAUGGCCAAUAGACGAACCACUCCGGUCUGAGAGGAGCCAUGAAAGGAGCAUGUCCUUUUUAAAGAUCAGUGUUUUUUUUUAGGGCUAUUUAGACUUCUUUAGAGUGACUCUAACAGACUUAAAGUAUAAAUAUGUACAUUUCAUUAAAAGAAAAAAAAAAAAAAAAACAUUACAGCUAACAGCUCCUUCUGUUUGAAGCAGUUUUGGCUCCGCUUUGCCCAAACUUGGUUGCCUCCUUGUAGAAGACCCACUUGCAAACGCGCAGCUGUUAGUAAUGUUGACAGCUCUGGCUCAUGAGUGGAGAGGUAGGCACAGAUCUGUGCUAGUGAUGCAGAUAAGUUUGAGAAAUUCAAACGACCUGAUUUCAGGCCUCUCGGGAGAAAAGAAAGGACGGAUUUUAUUCAUUUUUCAUAUUUACUGAGGCACCAGAGAGCUGAUAUUACAUCCCAAGUACUAGAAAAAGUUUGUUUUAAUAAAAUAUGGCAUCUUUGAAGAAACAAGAGCAGCAAAGGGACUUAAGUAAUAGAAACAACUAGAGCAGCGCUUCUCAAACUUUUUACACUUAAAAAUAUUAGGCACAGAAAAAUGAAUAUUGUACUUCCGUUAAAAUAUAUGACGCAUAAAAGUAUACCUAAAUUAAUGAUCUUUGCGAUGAAAUGCAAAUGCAUCAUAAAAAAAAAGUUAAAUAUAGAGCUCGUGCGCCUACGUCACCGAAAUCACGUGACUGGCCAUAUUGCUGAAUGCUUAGUCCGGUGAGACAAAACGAAAAUAUGUCUUAUCGCACGACGCCCAGAGUCUUGUACGAUACCGUCUGAUAUUUAGAAGGUGAAAAUAAACAAAGGUACGUGGGAAAAUUAGAUAAACUCAGCAUAGAGGACCCAUAUUUCAUGCCGAAGUCGAUGUUUUCGCCGAUAAGAAAUUGGACCGCUAACCCGAUUCCGCUUGUCUUGGACAACUGGAUCUACACGUAUCUGGUGAUUAAGUCAAGAUUUACACGGAAGAGUUUGAAAACGUAUAAAAGUCUGGACGCAUACAAAUACUAUGUUGCUGGAUCUGUUCUCAAUCAAGAAUAAAUCCCACAUAGUGAUGGAGCCACUCAGAUUUUUUCAGUACAAAUACCAAUAUUUAAAUAAAUGACCCCUGGUUUCACACAAACUUGCAUUCAUUAGCUAUGAUCUGGAGGGGGAAAAAAAAGACGACAGCGAGUCGGCUCCUCUGUACGCGGAAUCGUAUUGCUGCCACAUGUAAACCUCAUUGCGACAGACGGUUUAUUUUCUUUUUUUUUUUUUAAAUACGCAUUGUUCUCAAAAGACCCAAUUUGUCAUCAUAAAUACUUCUUGGUAAUUUGAGAUUGAGAAGAAUAAUUCCUAACUGAAAUGAAGCGAUCGCUACACGGGAGUGUGUGUAUUUUGGUUGGGCACCAUCCAUCACGUUGAAUUGCCGAAAUCCAUCCAUCUUUUCAGCUGGUAUUCCAUAGAAUGAUCUCUAUGAAUAUCUGUCUCGACUGCUGUGACAACCAACAGCACAACAGGUCUCAGGUCUUGUAAAUAUUCUGCUCCGGUUCAAUGUCUCCCACAAAGUCGAGCAGCUCUUUUAGACCGGCAAUAUGGCGCCGUGAAAACGAGCUCUAUCAGUGAAAAUGAAGGUAUAGGGAGCAAUAAGUGACGGAUUCCAUGAGUCUCAGGUAUGGAGAGACAUUCUUUACUGCUCAUGACCUGUCAUGAAAGGCGACGAUUCAAAAAGUGAAUUUGUGUGACAUCUGUAAAUAACUUAAUAAACAAAAAACAUUUCAUUUCAGUGCCUUGCCGUACCACUCGACUGUGUUCACCCAGUUUGAGCGAUUGUUGA